CUUUGUAGUUUUGUGAACUUUUUAUUUCUUACUGCAUGUCCGCUCCGCCGGAGCUGGACCCUCGUUACAAAGAGGCCCGCCAGGGGUGCCAAACCAUCCAUCCAUCCAUGGUGUACUCGUGUGUAGCUGUAGUGGCUGCAGCCAGCUGUCUCUCUCUGAACUUCUAUUUUCAUCAGCUGUGCUGCAUGCUUUUUUUAACGGUUGACCCGUUGGAUCAACAUACAUCGCGAUUUUAACCGCAGGUCGUUUUAAAGACAUUUUAAACUGCGAAAUUCUACAAGGUUGUACGUUCUUCGCAUUCGAUGGAAGGCUAAUCACCGUAACCCACACGUUUCCUCUGCAAAUUGAGCGAUCAAGAAUUCCCAGACCAAGAAAACUUCAAAUGAAUAUUUGCAUGGCCGGGCAGACGACAGAUCAGUUUGGUAGCAGGGAUGGAGCAACGACAGGAGGAGGCUUACGACCCAUUGGGGUUUUCUGGGACAUCGAGAACUGCCAAGUACCCAAGGGCAAAGCAGCUACAGCCGUAGUACACUGCAUCCGGCAGCAUUUCAUUGACAGCUACACCGAAGAGGAAUUCCUGUGUGUGUGCGAUAUAAGAAAGGAGAGCAAGGAGGUCAUACAAGAACUCAACUUGGCACAGGUCACAGUGGUGCACAUCAAUGCCACAUGUAAAAAUGCAGCUGAUGAUAAACUGAAGCAGUGUAUGCGCCGCUUCGUAGACACACAUGGCCCCCAUGCAACCCUGAUGCUCAUUUCAGGCGAUGUGAACUUCUCUACGGAACUGUCUGAUUUUCGACACCGUCGUAAAGUGCAAAUAAUCCUCAUCCAUGGACCUUGGGCACCCGAGGCACUGACAGUGUGUGCCCACAAGUGCCAUAGUUACUCCAACUUGGUGGCAACUGUUCCAUUUCGUAGUCCCACCAAGCAGAGCCACAACAGGUUCUGUGAGGUAGUUGUGAACGACCUCCCAGAGGACAAAGACAACAGCCUGCUGCAUAAUCGCCUUCGCCAGUUGUCAGACAAUUGUGGGGGACGUGUCCUCACUAUCGUGGGUAGAACAGCAUAUCUGCGUUUUCCGACACCCGACGCUGCCCGCAGAGCAUGUAAACGAAUGGAUGGUGAAGAUGUGUUCGGCUCCAAGAUAUCAGUCAGCCUUCACAUGUCUCGCAAAGGCACUAAACAAUCCUGCAGUGAAGGGCACAGUAGUGCUGGUGACAACACCUCCAUUACUCAACGGCUCCCACGGCGAAGCAACAGCUGUAGCCCAGAUUCCAGCUCCGCAGAAGACAUGGUCUCACAAUCGUUCUCCUCAGCCAGCAUGCAGCCAUUGCAGAGCAACGACGGCAAAGCAGAACAGAGAAAUACCUCAUCAUGGAAGUGGGACACCUCGUAUUCUGCCGCGGGUGAAUCUCUGCCAGGUGAUUCUCCAUCCAAGAAUGUGGGCCGCGUAUCCCCAUUCCUGCUCAACGGCAAGAAGCCCCCGGAUCACGAGUUUAUGGAACAUUUACCGGGCAGAAUGUUGCCUCUCCUGACCAGGUCAAAUGUUCGUACCCUUCCACGGCGGCUCAGUACAAGUUCUUCCUCUCUUUGUGGUGGUGGGUCCCACACAUCUGACAGAUUGUCUCUGAAGUCUCCACCACAUGAAAGAUGCAACACCUCAGCAUCUUCAGCAGAAAGACUUGCAAGCUGUACCAGUACAAGCAAGGAUAUGGAGCUCUGUGUAACAAAUAUUGACUGCCGUAUCGACGUGAGAGACCUCAAAAAGUUGCUCCUGGCACACUUUCAAGAGCAUGUCAUGGUGUUGCACAUUUCCCUGGUAUUACAAGAAGAUGGUGUGCUGCAUGCACAUGUACAAGUGCCCACUGUGAAUGACGCCCGUGUGGCCGUGUCUAAGCUGAAUAGACGCCUGAUUGGUCGCAGGCGCAUCAAUGUGGUAAUUGUGGAGGACGGCCAUGCGAGAAGGGACGUUGCUGCUACCUCUCCGAACCAGAGGGACCAAAGCGUUCUGGGAAUCCAGCUAGUACAGCUGCUAAAGGAUGCCUCACACGGUAGCCUGCCCUUGUUCAGACUGCAGGAGCUCUUCGAGAAUAGGUACAACUGCAGCAUCAGUCUUUCAGAAAUCGACAAAUUACGAGACAAAGUAUCUGUUGUGGACACGCCUUCAGGACGGAUGGUGACUCUCAAUGCAAAGGUUCACUCUAAAGAUAGUUCUUCUUCACAUGCUGUAAGAGAGAGAGACCUGCUGCCUGAUGAUCCGUUGCUUUGUGAACAUCACAAGUCACCUGUCCUUGGCCAGAUUGACGGCUGGGCUCGAUGGGAGAAAACUCCGGAGUUGCUGCCUAAAGUCUGCAUCUCCCUUGCUACACUUGGACCCAGAGUUCACGCUCUUCUAGACAGACACGGCGGCUUACUGCCCAUGAACAGUUUCUUGGCAUGCUACGAGGCAGAGUUUGGUGCCAUCCCACGGACAAGUGACAAGGAACCCUGGCGUCAGGGUUGUGUGCACUUGGAGCAUCUCGUGGCAUCCUUACCUGGUGUGCAGGUAGACACUUCUUCACUGGGAGUCAAAAGGAUCACAUGGGUAGAAAAUGGCAAGGAGAGUAAAACUGAAUCAUCCUGUGUAUCCACAGGUUCUACAACAAGGAACAACUUCAUAGGAGAACCUUUGGAACAGCUAGCACGGGAGGCUGUGGAACUGCUGAAGACACAGACUGACAGCUGCAUGGCUCUGCACUCCUUUGCACCUACAUACCACAAGCACUUCAAUCGCCAGUGCCGUAUGGCAGAUUAUGGCUUUGGCAGACUUUUAGACCUCCUACAGGCCUUGUCUCAUGUCAUACAAAUCCUUGGUCAAGGUCAGAAUCGGCUGCUGACUCUUGCACACAGGGUACAGAGUGACCGGUUUAUAAGCGACAUAUUGCAAGUGCUGAGGAUGCAACCAAACAAAGAAGUGAGACUCACUGACCUGCAAGAAGCCUAUGAGCACUGCCAUCACCAUCCCCUGAUUGUAGCUGAUUAUGGCUCAUGCUACCUGGAAGAUUUGUUUGCUGACGUAUCUACCACCCUCCUC